AGGGCUUCGGCCUAGCCAGCAGCAGCAGCAGCAGCAGCAGCAGCAGCAGCAGCAGCAGCAGCAGCAUGGCUGCCCCCCGGGCGCUGGAGAUGCACCGGCACCCCUUUUACCCGCCCCUUGCUGCAGAAGAGCUGCAGCAAAGAGACAGUCUCCUCGCGCAGUGCCCGGGGGCGCUGGACUCGCCCAGCAGCAGCAGCAGCAGCAGCAGCAGCAGCAGCAGCAGCAGCAGCAGGGCGCACUGGGGCAGCCUGGACUGCAGCAAGGGCCGCAGCAAAGUGCGCCGCAGCUGCUUCGGAUUUGCUGCUGACGGCAGCAAAGUCCUCGCGGGUUCUCAUGAUGCUGUUGUUGCUGCUGCUGCUGCUACGCUGUCUGUACACCUCAGCCUUGCUGCUCCCGGUGUGGGGCUCGUGCUGCCCCACCCAACGCACCCCCAGCUGCUCGCUGUCGGCUGCCAGGGCCCGAACCGGUCGGGUUCCGUGUUGAAGGUGCUGGACCUGCGGCAGCAGCCGCCGCGUUCGUUUGCUGCCAGCAGCAGCAGCAGCAGCAGCAGCAGCAGCAGCAGCAGCAGCGAGGUGGGGGUGGCGGGGUGUACGUACACCUCGGCCUUCGGAGACGAGUGGUGGACCGGCGCUUGGCAUCCCUCAGGUUCUUACUUGGUGUGUAUAGACAAGAGAGACAGGCUGCACUGUCUCCUUCCGGGCCACACCAGCCAGCAGCAGCAGCAGCAGCAGCAGCAGCAGCAGCGCAGCAGCAGCAGCAGCAGCAGCGGGCUGCAGUGUGGGGUGCUGCAGCUGGAGGCCGUGACUUACGGCUGCUGCUUCGCGCUGGGGGGCGAGGUGUUAGUUGCUGCUCAAGAAGAUGGUUGCUGUUUGCUGCUGCCUGCUGCUGCUGCAGUGGACGGCGCUGCUGCUGCUGCUGCGCUGCAGCUGCCGCUGCUGCAGAGCCCCGCAGUCGUUGCUGCUGCAGCAGGCACCCGCGGCUCCGUCUUUGCUGCUGGAGGCGGAGACGGCAGCAUUCAGCUGCUGCAGUCGGAGACACUGUCUCCUUUGGGAUCGGUUCCCAAAGCAGAUGUGGGGCUGCAGUGUCUCGCCCUCAGCAGCGACGCUGCUGCCUUCGCCUGGGCCACCAAGCGGGCCCCCCCGGACCAGGAGCCGCUGCUGCGGCGGCUGGAGGAGCCGACGAGAGCAGCAAAGCACCGGCUGUCAGUUGCUGCUGUGUCUCCUACUGAGCUGCUGCUGCAGUUGGAGACACCUGGGCAGGUGACAGCAGCAGCAUUUCAUCCUUACAGGAGACUCUUGGCGCUGGCUUGCGACGUGGACAGCAGCAGCAGCAGCAGCAGCAGCAGAUACGGCAGCAGCAGCAGCAGCAGCGCCAAGAACCUGGGCAUUCUAGUGCUGGAGUGA